GCAAACUGUGUGAAGCGGAGAAGACCCCUUUUUUUACGAGCAGUGUGACGUGCGCAAUGUCGUCUUCUUGCAGAUCUUGGCUUUUGUGUUCGGCGGCCGUCGCUUUGCUCUUGUGUCUGACGGAGGCGAGCAAGCAGGCGCCGAUCUAUCCCUCCGUGGGUCAGGAGGAGCCGCCACUGCUGUGGCUGAAGGAAUUCGCGCAUGCGUGGAACCGAUUCGCAGCCGUCGAUAACGAAACAUGGUGAGAGAGGGAGAGGAUGGGAUGAUGGGCGCUGAACACACACAGUGCGUCUGUUGGGUUGGUGUGUUUAUGUGUGUGUAGGGAGCGGGCACUCAACCAGACAGUGCUGAAGGAGACGUCGGUCAUGUGCGUCGCAGACGACUGCAAGCACCCCAUCGCACACAUGCAGGUCAGCCAGCCGCAGCACGCCACGCCCAUCUGUGUGCACACGUCAUGUGUGGUGGACGGCUUCAAUGCCUGUGUGGUGCAGAAGUUGAUGCGUGAUGGUGCCGUGAAGAGCUACGGCAUCAUCCACACGGAGCGGACGGUGCUGACGCCCUCGACGGUGGCCUACACAUGGGCACUCGCCAUACACACAGCCAUGGACUGCUACGGCAUGACACAGGGUCAGCCACCCCACCCCACCCCGUCCACACACCAUGCCCAUCACCUCUUCGUGUGUAUCUGUGUGGGUGUACAGGUCGUUCAGUGGCUCGUUUCGACCCUUCCGACGGCCGUCUUGAGGUGCUGCAGGUGUACCCCGAGAUGGAGUCGCACAACGACCUGUCGGUGCGGUGCCUCGACCCGCUCGACAACUGGAACAGGAAGAAGGGCGGGCCCGUUGCGGCCACCACACAGAAGGCACCCGGCAGCGGCAAGACGGAACUCUGACCUGACCGACCGACCGACCGAUGCACGCAGAGAAAUGAGUAGAAGGACGGGUGCGGUGCACGGGGAGCAUCCAGGCGGUUGCAUAUGUGUGUAGCAAGCAUCCGAUCGCAC